GCAAAAUUCCCUAAUAAUAAUAAUAAUAAGGGACAAAACGACAAAAGCACCCCUUUUUGGUUCUCCCUCCAAAUGUCUCUCCCCAUUCUGAGGAAUUCUCCGCUUCGAUUUUCAACCCCAACUACAAAAAUCCUCAACUUCAAAAUGCCAGUUACAGGAAGAUACUCUUCCAAACCAGUCCAAUCUGCAAUCCAACGCUCCAAAUCAGAGCUAAAGUCAGUUGUAGAGGAGCUGGCCUCUUGUAUAAUACCUCAAAUGGAAAUGGGUGGAUGCAAAUCAAUCAAGAUUCUUCUAGUGGAGUUUCCAAAUACAAGACUCGUGUCUAUGUGAGAAAAAAGAGAGUGAAAAAAACAGUGGAAGUCGUCUCGGAUAUUUCAAAAGUAGAAUCUCCUGAUGAGAAAAUUUGUGGCUUACCGAACAUUGAGGACUUUGCAUAUCAGAAGACUGAAGCAUCUGCCCUUUUGAGUCAGUCAAAACUAAGCUCUCAUGUGCUUUCAGCGCGAGAAAGAAAUGAAAUCUCCAUCAAGUCGAAAGUGGGCCCACCUGUACAUUGGGAAGAAGUCCUCAAAGGUAUUCAACAAAUGAGAACUUCUGAAGAUGCUCCAGUAGAUUCUAUGGGAUGUGAGAAAGCUGGCAGCUUUCUACCACCCAAGGAAAGAAGAUUUGCAGUUUUGGUGUCUUCACUUCUAUCAAGCCAAACCAAGGAUGGAGUUACACAUGGUGCAGUGCAGCGACUCUCUCAGAAUGGUUUAUUGGCUGCUGAUGCUAUUGUUAAGGCUGAUGAAGGAACUAUCAAGAGCUUGAUCCACCCAGUUGGAUUUUACACAAGAAAGGCUGGCUACUUGAAGAAAAUUGCAGAAAUAUGUCUCAUGAAGUAUGGAGGGGAUAUCCCUAGUACCUUAGAGGAGUUACUCUCACUUCCCGGAAUAGGUCCUAAGAUGGCUCAUCUGGUCAUGAAUGUUGGAUGGAAUGAUGUCCAAGGGAUAUGCGUGGACACACAUGUGCAUCGCAUUUGCAAUCGUCUUGGAUGGGUAUCACGAGUAGGCACAGGCCAGAAAACAUCAUCUCCUGAGGAAACGAGAGUGUCUUUACAAUCAUGGCUUCCGAAGGAAGAAUGGGUUGCAAUCAACCCACUAUUGGUUGGAUUUGGCCAAACUGUCUGCACUCCAAUAAGACCUCGCUGCGGACAGUGUACCGUAAGUAACUUCUGCCCAUCUGCUUUCAAGGAGGCAGCAAGCCCUAUUCUGAAAACAAAGAAAUCCAGUCCAAGUAAAAGAUCUUGAUCAAAUUCUUAUUUUUUGUGGAGGCCUAUUGAGAAUAUUGGACUAACAGCAUUCAGUGUUAAUGUUGCAUUCUCACUGAUUUCUUUUGUGAUCAGCCGUAUGGCCACUGAUUAUGACAUGGUUAUUGGCUGAUCUUUCUUUUUUCUUUUGAUAAUUGUAAGGUUUGUUUGUGCAGUUACGAAAUUAUCAUCAUUUCUCUUAGCAUCGAAACAAACCUCAAGUAUUUUGUAAUGGUCGAGGCAUCAUAUUGGAUUGGAGGUCUUUUUGUGCAAAA